AUGUGGAUCCCAACGUCUUAACAAGUUAUUUUAAGGUGAAAUUCUGUUGGUAGACAAGAAAUAAGAAAAGCUGUGCAAAUUUGGAAUUUUUUUUUUUUUUGUAUAAGUUCUUAAACUUAAAAAGCUGAAAGAAGAAUUCACUUUUGCUGUAAAAUUCUGUCUUUAAGUAUGGCCACAACUGACAAUUCCUCAAUGCGAUUCAGUGACCAUACUUUGGAUAAAGCCACAAAAGCUAAAGUGAGUUUAGAAAACUAUUACAGCAAUCUUGUAACGCAAUAUGGUGAAAGAAAACAGAGGUUGGCAAAGCUAGAAGCUCAAUUAAAGGAUGAGACACUUUCUGAAUCCCAAAAACAAGAAAAAAGACAACAACAUGCACAGAAAGAAACUGAAUAUUUGCGCCUUAAAAGACUCCGUUUGGGGGUUGAAGAUUUUGAGGCAUUGAAAGUAAUUGGCAGAGGAGCAUUUGGAGAAGUUCGUCUUGUACAAAAAAAAGACACUGGUCAUGUUUACGCAAUGAAAGUAUUACGCAAGGCUGACAUGCUUGAAAAGGAACAGGUAGCUCACGUAAGAGCUGAACGAGAUGUGUUGGUGGAAGCGGAUCACCAAUGGGUUGUUAAGAUGUACUACAGCUUUCAAGACCCGGUCAACUUGUAUUUAAUAAUGGAGUUUCUCCCUGGUGGCGAUAUGAUGACGCUAUUGAUGAAAAAAGAUACGCUGUCUGAAGAAUGUACCCAGUUUUACAUAGGGGAAACGGCUUUGGCAAUUGACUCCAUCCACAAACUUGGAUUCAUACAUAGAGACAUAAAGCCAGACAAUCUUCUACUUGAUGCUAGGGGCCACUUAAAGCUUUCGGAUUUUGGACUAUGUACCGGUUUGAAAAAAUCACAUCGCACAGAUUUUUACCGUGAUUUGUCCCAAGCGAAACCAUCAGAUUUCAUUGGCACUUGCGCCAGUCCUAUGGAUUCGAAACGGCGUGCAGAAUCUUGGAAACGGAAUAGACGAGCACUAGCAUAUAGUACGGUUGGAACUCCCGAUUAUAUAGCACCUGAAGUUUUUUUACAGACUGGAUAUGGACCAGCUUGUGAUUGGUGGAGCUUAGGAGUUAUAAUGUACGAAAUGUUAAUGGGAUACCCACCAUUUUGUUCAGACAACCCCCAAGAUACCUACAGAAAAGUUAUGAAUUGGAGAGAGACCUUAAUAUUUCCACCUGAAAUUCCUAUUUCUGAAGAAGCAAAAGAAACUAUAAUUAAAUUUUGUUGUGAAACUGACCGGAGGCUCGGAACUCAAAGAGGAAUGGACGAUUUAAAGUCAGUUCCAUUCUUUCGAGGAGUUGAUUGGGAACAUAUAAGGGAAAGGCCAGCUGCAAUACCUGUAGAAGUGCGUUCAAUAGAUGACACUUCAAAUUUCGAUGAUUUUCCAGAUGUAUCUCUAGAAAUUCUUUCAGCACCCGUACCCCAAGGAAGUGAAAUUGCUAAGGAUUGGGUAUUUAUAAACUACACGUUCAAAAGGUUUGAAGUCCGAAGCUUGGAUUAAAAGGAAUCUUCAUUAAUUGUAGAAUAAAGACAUUUAGUAUUUAAUUAA